UUCUACUAGUGAAUGGAAUUUUGGGCAGUCGAAAAAUUCCAAAAACAAAUGCGCGCACACGCAAAAGUGAAAUAAUUAGCAUAAUCUCGAAUCGUAAGUGGCUGCGAAACUCAAAGCUUAUGCUUUGAUAUUAAAGCACUUGGCCCUUCAAGCGAGCGACGUUCGUUUUCUGAAUUCCAAAUGAAGUCAUGAGCAGCAGAUUGUAUGAAAACCAACAGCAACAUCGAAGGCAGCAGCUAAACAACAAGACAAAAGUCGUUGUCGCUUUAUUACAACAAGAAAAGCUGUAAAAAAAAAGUGAAAUUAAGUGCUUAAAAACGCGCGACAACAACAACAACAGCGGCAGAGACGGCAGCAACAGCAGCGGCAGCAACACCAGCAACAGCAGCGACAGCAGCAGCAAUAUGACAUGCUCGCGUCUCGUUUACACAAUAACUCAAAUUAAUUGAAUAUGUUGGCAAAUGAGCAAACCGAAAAUUACGUUAAAAGCCCACAAAUCAAGCGCUUUUAAACGGCUGCUGUUAUUAACAUGGCUGCCGCAUCCGCUGGCCAACAGCUGCAACAGCAGCAACAGCAGCAGCACAAACUGAAUAUUGUUGGCAAUGCGGAAUCGGUUGCUGGCGUGCUGCAGGUGAACGAGUUGCAACAGCAUCAACAACAGCAGCUCAACAUGUACAAGCAGCAGCAGCAGCAACAGCAGCAGCAGCACCACCAUCAAAUGUUGCAGCAACAGCAGCAGCAAUUCUAUCAGCAGCAAACGAAAUUUGUAUCGCGGGUCGUUACAAAUGCCGCAAUGCAACAACAACAACAUCAGCAGCAGCAGCAACAACAUAUCUUACCAGCUGGUUUGGUAAAUGGUAGCGCCAACAUGAUGCAAGCCACAAAUGUUGCCGGGCAGCAACAGCAGCACCAACAACAACAACAACAGCAACAGCGCCACAGUCAACACAUUUUUGUCUGUCCAGCCAUCGGCUCGCCGCUGCAGCAGCAGCAGCAGCAGCAACAGCAGCAACAACAGCAAACCAAACAGCGUGCUGCACAAAUAAAGUUGCCUUUAAAGUCAGCAGCAGCCGCAUCAGCAACUGUUGCUGCCACGCACAGUAUGCCGGCAACAAUUGCAUCGCGUCAAAUGAGUCAGAACAAUCAACAUCAGCAACAGCAGCUCUUUGCAAAGAAUGUGGCUAAAACCAACAAUGCCAACAAUAAUGCAAGCAACAACAGCAGCAACAACAACAACAGCAGCAACAACAACAACAGCAGCAACAACAACAACUGCAGCAGCAACAAUAGCAACAACAUCGCAAAUUUGGCUCCAGGCUGGCGUCGACUAACCAACAACAAUGAAGUGGCCUACAUCAGUCCAACAGGCAAAACGCUGCGCACACAAUUCCAAAUCAAGGACUAUUUGCUAACACAGGGUACCUGCAAAUGCGGCCUGCCGUGUCCGCUGAGGCCGGAAUACUUUUUCGAUUUUAAUGCGCAGGUGCCCAACAUGCCAUUAAAGGUGUCGCCAGGUAGCGGCCAGGAGACCGUAAAUGCGACAACCACGCCGCUCUGCUCGCAUCAACGGCAUUUGCUCGAAUCGGAGAAGCUGCACAAUCCGCAGCCCGUCAAGGAUUUAAUGAUGGCAACAAUGUCGGUGACAGCAGCAACAGCAGCAACUGCAGCAUCAACAGCUGCUGUCACUGUUGGCGAUGCGUUUACUGCGCUGAUGACAACAGCAACAGCAGCUUCAACAACAACAACAACAGCCACAACAACGACGACGACAACGCCAGCAACUGCAACAACGGCAACAACUCUUGAACUGGCCAACAAAGACGCUGAUUGCCUCAAGUAUGGCAACAACAACAACUAUAAACUGGCUUGCAGGACAUCAUAUGCAGCAACAGUUCCAGUCGCAGCCACGCCCAUGUGCACAGCAGCGACCGUGAUGCAAACUAGUCAAGCAACUGGCAUGGACAGCGCGCCAAAGCGAACAGCUCCUGCUCCUCUUCCAGUAACAGCUGCAGUAACAGCUGCCCCAACGCAUGUGAUAAAGCCCGCGACAACCGCGUCUAACCCUGCUCCUCUUCCGUUAGCCCAGCAGCCCAACUUCAAGGAUGAUCCCGCGGGCUAUAUGCAACAGCAAACAACGCUGCUGCAUAAUACGCUGGGCGUGGGCUUAGAUGCUAAGCCUGUCACGGCUACUUCCACGGCAACGGCCACGGCCAGAGCUCUGCCCCAGGAGCCCAUUGUGCAUAGUUCCCAGAAUCAGCAGCAGCAGCAGCGGGAGCGCUUACGCCGUCUCUCGCUCUUUGCCGGCGGCAAAGUGGAGCAGGAGCCGAGCGCAGCGUCUAGCCCUGUGCCACGCUCGCUGCACGUCGAUACGGCAGCUGCAUUUGCACGCCCACAGAAGCCUCAAAUCACCAGCAUAACAGUGGUGCCAGCGCCACAGGAGUCGCCAGUGUCCAGCAGCGGGCCCGAGGCAGAGAAGCGGCCCGAGCAAGUGGGCGCCAUCUCGACCAGCCACGAGAGCCCACGCCACAGCCUCUCUUCGCCCACGGACUCUAUAGACUCGGCCAAGAGUACGCCCUCCGCCUCGCCAAAGCCCCAGCAGGCGCAGCAGAUGCAGAUGCAGAUGCGCCAGCCCCAGGUCCAAGCACAGGCAACGGCACAGCCCACAGCACAGUUGCGUCUGAUGCGUCAACAGUGUCAGCCCGUGGUGGGUGCGGGUCAACGCCAGUCGGUGGCCAUUAAUGGAACAACUACGCUCACAAGAAGUAUUGUCACGACCACGGCGGGAAUCAGUCGACCAGGCACCACGCUGAGCAGCGCCAACUCCGCCGUGGCUCACCUGCAGUCGAUGGCGAGCAACGCUGGCGGCAACCAGCUGAUCAUGACUUCAUCCGGCCAACUGCUGGUCAUACCCUCGGCCAGUAAGCAGCAGGCAAGCGGUCCACAGUCGCAGCGGCAGGCGCAGACAGCACAGCUGCACGCCCAGCCUGGCGGCGGUUACAUUGUUAGCCAAUCCUCGCCGAUGCUUAACACCAACGGGGCCAAGCUGCUGCAUCAUCAGAUAAUCAGCUCGCAGGCCAGCCAAAUAAGUCAGAUCAGCCAGGCAGGCACCGCGGCGGCGCCACAGACUGUGCUGCUCAACACAUUGCCCAAUGGCGGCUACAUCGUCCACCACCAGCAGCAGCAGCAGCAGCAACAUCCACAGCAGCAUCAGGAGCAACAUCAGCUGCUGGGUAUGCCACAGCCAGCCACGCAUAUUAUUACCUCGCCCGAGGCCAAGCGGCGGACACGUAAACGCAAAAGCUCUGUGUGCAGCACACCGCCGCCGCCGCCGCUGGUGUGUGGUGUUAACGGCUCGCCGGCAAAGGCGCAUUCGCCACAGAUCUCACCCAGCAUACCCAGCCAGGCGCCAGCGCUGCUGCAGCAAGCGGCAAAUGCCGCGGCAGUUGCAGCUACGGCGCCCCCGCCGCAAUUCUCGCAGCAAUUCCAGCUGAGUCCGGGCAUCCAAGGCAUUGUGGUCAACAAACCAGCGACGGCGGCGCCUCAGACGCAGCAGCUGCUGCUACAGAACGGACAAAUACUGCAGCAGGUGAAUCUUAUUGGACAGCAGCUACUUAUGCCCGCCGGCCUGGUCAUGGGCCCGGACGCAACCCUGUUGCAGAUACAAAAUAUGCCCACGACAAGUCUGCUGACGCACCAGGGCCCGGUGAUGCUGCGCACACCCUCGCCACAGAACAAACCCUCCUUCAUCUCGCCCAGCGGCGGUGGCCAGCAGUAUAUAGUGGGCGCCAAUGGACAGCUCAGUCCCAUUGGCCAGAUCUAUUCGACGCCCAUGGGCCUGGUUAUGCCCACAGCUCAGCAGAACGGCGCAUCCUUUGUGCAGGCCAGUCCUACGGCAACCAUACAGAUUCAGCAGCAGCCGCAGCCACAGCAGCAUAUUAGCCUGCAACCACCCCAGGCGACCAGUUUCGUCUCGGAGUCGCAUAAUAGUCGCCAGGCAACCGCCGCCAGUCCGCCGGAUACCACCACUUGCAGUCCGCGCAGUCCUGAGCGACCGCCCAGCCAUCGCAGCAGCGGCAGCGGCGACAUGGUGCAGUGCGUCUCCAGCUCGGAGCCUGAUGCGGCCAUCUCGCCACAGAGUGCUGAUAGCCGCCAGUCGCCCUCUUCCACGGAUUGCGAGAGGAGCAUCUGCAGCAGUAACUUGUUUAGCCAGCCUGGCAGCAUGUAUAAGCCCUCGGAGCCCAAAAUUCGGCGUAUCCACAUAACGUCGCAGCCGAUGACGACGGCGACGCCGACAGAGAGCAACCACUCUGUGGGUCUUAUGGGUCAAGGUAUGCGUUUGGCUAGCUCCACAGCCCUGUCCAUCUCAUCAUCAUCGUCAGCUUCAUUGUCAACACCAUCAAUAACAACGGCGGCAUCGGGUCGCCAAGCCAUGCACCAGCACCAGCAUCCGCACCAGCCCCAGCCACCAACCUCGAACAGCCACCACAGCGUCUUUAUCCAUAAUCAGAAAGUAGUUAGCGUUGAAUACCAGGAGUCGCCCACCACAACGCAGCUGCCGACCAUUUCGGAUGAACCACCGCUCAAUGAAGCGGCACCACUCAAAACCACCUGCCGCACGCCCACCAAACGGGCACGUCGACCACACCGCACGUUGGUGAGAAAUUCGCCAACUGGCACUGUGGCACUGUUGCCACCGCGAACAUUUGCCAUUGGUGAGCUGAUCUGGGGGCCGGCACGUGGACACCCCGCCUGGCCAGGCAAGAUAGUCAAGAUGCCCGACGGUGUCUGUACACCAUCGCAACAGUUCGAUCACGUGUGGGUGCAAUGGUUUGGCGGCAGCGGCCGUUCCAGCUCCGAGCUAAUUCCGGUCAACUUGUUGCAGAGCCUAUCCGAAGGCUUGGAGGCGCACCACAAGGCGCAAAAGGAUACCAGAAAGAGCCGCAAACUGAACUCGCAACUCGAGCAAGCUAUACAAGAAGCAAUGACUGAGUUGGAUAACAUUUCAGCAUCGGCAACCACAGCAGCAGCAGCAUCCGCAGUAAUUGGCCAACAGCUGCAGCAGCAGCCCACGUCAACGAACAAUGGCGGCCACGGGUUGGCGCGGGGCAAGCGCACAGGGACGUCAAGUGGGCAGACGAACGUUGGGGGUGCCAGCAUGACGCUCUCCGCCAGCACAGCGGCCACCCUGAGCGGACUCUUCAAUCAGCAGCGUGCCAAGCCCAUACGGAUAGCGCCCGCACCGCCGGCGGGCGUGCCGACAGCAUCGAGUGCAGCGUCGCCGGCGGCAGCAGCGGAGAUCCUGAAGCUGGCCAAAUGACCAGCGCUGUCGGCGCUGCCGUCGACAGUAACCACAGCAAACUAUACGCUCGUUUUUGGGCACAAGUAGAGGCAGCUGGCCACAAACAGUAUAUGCAUAUAUUUAUAUAAAUAUAUGUAUAUAUAUGCUAUAUACGCGCAUCCAUACUUAAAUGUGUAGUUAGAUAUCAGCCCCAACUGUCUGUCGCUGUUUUCUAUAAUUUUCUAUCGAAUUACGAUUCUGCUUAGUUGCGCCUGUUCGGCGAUGCCACAUCUUUGAAAUAGACAAUAAAACAAUAUGAAAAUGUUAACGGAAACGAAGUUACAAAGAAGAA